CUGCCAGGACGGAGAGCUGGUGCUCCAGCAGCUGCUGGCAGUUGGGGUUUCUGCCUGGGCUGGUGGAGGCCGGGCUGCGGGGCUCAGCUGGGUGAGUGGGGCUGGAGGGGAAUGUCCAGACCUGGGGCUGUUCCUCCCUCGUCUGCCUUCUGCCCUCCUUGAGCCAGACAUCAGCGACCGUCCCCAGGGCGCUGGCCCUGCUGGGCUCCACGGGCUGGUCCCUGAGCUCACUGGGGCUGUGUUUGUGUCCCCAGGUGUUGGGGACAGGCUGCAGCGUCCCGGGGGGAGCAGGGACAGCCCUUCCCUGGCAUGGCCUUCCUCAGCCCGGGUGAGACCGUGUGGCCAGGGCUGAUCUGUGACAGCCGGGUGUGCUGCCAGUCAGCCAACAGAGUUAAUGGUCCUGAUGUCCUGCCUGGUGUUCCCUGCAAUGUCCCAACACAAUGAUGAGAGCAGGGGUGGUAGAAGUGGCUUGAAACAGGCAAGAUUGUGCUUCUUGUGAGUGCAGUGGUUCCGCUUUUCAGAGUGCCACAGGAGAAGGGAACAGAUCCUGCUCCAGCGAGGGGAAUGUGGAGGAGCCCCUGAGUCCCCGGGACAGAGGGAAAUCCCCACACGCAGAGAUGCCUCGGGGCACAGGUGAAAGUCCAUGCAGAGGACUUGUGGGUGAGUGCGGGGCCCCCCCUGUGGCCUGUUGGGAGGGGACAGUGUCCCCGUGGCAGUGUCACCCCAGGAGGAGUGGGGCUGGCACGUGUGGGGCUUCUUCCAGCUGUCUGGGAAAGGGUCUUGUGUUCUGCUGGGUCCUCCCUGGGGGGCUGUAUCAGCCCCCCCAUCUCUCUCUGCCUGGCAGCUCUCCUGCUGGGGGCUGUCCCCCAGUGUGUGUGGGGUGACAGCCUUGUCCCUGCCCUGUGUGACUGUCCCUUGCUGCCAGCUGGGAAUGGCCCGAUGGCAGUUGCUGUGCCCGGGGAGGGGGUUGAGAAGCUGCAGCUGAGUGUGUGUGGUAGAGGGGUCUGGGGGGUCCCUCCUGUGUUCCCUGGGCAGGUUGUGCUGGGGGUGGUGGGGCUGGGAGGGGGACAGCACUGUCCUCACCCCGAGUGGCUCUUUCCCCCUCCAGGCAGGUGCCCCACGCUCCAUCCAGUGUGGGUCGUGGUGCUGGCUGUGCUGGUGGCUCUGGUGCUGGCUCUGGCCGUGGCUCUUGCUGUACGCUCAGCAGGAAGACAUGGAGGGGAUCCAGCUGUGCCUGCGGCUCCAAUGCUGGCCUGUCCUGAGGACUGGGUCGGGUACCGCAAUGUCUGCUACUCCUUCUCGAGGGCUGAGGGCAGCUGGGAGUGGAGCCAGGAGCAGUGCUCCUUGCAUGGGGCCUCGCUGGCUAUGCCCCGGAGGGAGUGGGAGAUGGAGUUCCUCUUGCGCCUCAAGGGCAACAUGGAUUACUGGCUUGGGCUGCGGAGACGGGGCGAGCGCCUGCAGUGGGUGGAUGGCAGCAGCUUCAACCAGAGGUUUGAGGUGCAGGGCCAAGGAGAGUGUGCGUAUUUGUACGACGGGGCUGUCGCGAGUGCAGGCUGCUCCCAGUCACGGCUGUACAUCUGCAGCAAGCCCCAAGCGCUGGGGUGACAGAGGCGCUGGAGAAAGGACCUUUGCGUGGUGGGGCCUCACAGCUUGAGCCCUUCCAGCAGCGCAGGGGAGCAUGGGGGUGUCCUUCCCUCAGCUGCUGCUCUGGGUUGGUCCUGCAGGUGGGGAGAGGUGCUGGGAGCUGCUGUGUGCUGCCUGCACUGGGACCUCAAGCCUGGGACUGGUUCCUUCAUCCUCCUGGGCCCGCCCCAGAACCCAUCUUGCUCCUCUCACACCUCACAGGUGAUGCUGAGCUGUGGUGAUGGAGCUGGAGCAGCUGCUGCCAGAUGAGCUGGGUGCAGCAAUGUCAGUGCAGGUCCCUGGCCCUGUGCAGGGUGGAGGGGACACAGAGCCAGGGGGUGAAGUGGCCCCUGUGGGGCUCCCUUGAAAGUUAGACUCUCAUUCACACGCAAGCUUUUUUUUUUCCUGCUGUUUUGUCUUGUUUAUUAAAACAUGAUGUAUUUCUA